AUGAGUACCACGGAAUGGCUCUCCGGUAUCCUUCCGUCUGAUGUUAUGGUCAAAAUCCUUGCUUGCUUACCAGCUCGGUCUCUCGUCCGGUUCCGGUGUGUCUCCAAGUUGUGGCGUUCGCUCUUCUCCGAGCCGUACUUUGUGGCAAUGCGGAUGAAAUGCAGCGGGACCACCCUCCUGGUGGUCCCAUUGCAAUGGGGAAAUCGCGAACAGUGCUCUUUAGUGUUUGAAAACGUGUCUAUCGGGAUGAAGAAUUUGAAGCUGCCAUUUGGGAAUAGAUGGUUCUCGUUAUCCAUGGUUGGUUUGUCUAGCGACGGCGCUCUAAUUUGCUUGACCGGGCUUUUGUACGCACGCCAUCGCGAGAGCAAGCAAGCUAUUAUCCUGUGGAGCCUGUUCAUGGGCGAAAUCAAGGUCCUUGGCAACGAGGGUGGCGUCCAAAGCCGUCGUUGGCCCGUCUGCACCAAAUCUCUAGUGCAGGGUUACAAUUCAGCAUGCUGCAAUCAAUAUCUUGUCCACGGUUUCAAGUACGAGCCAAAUGCCCAGGACUACAAGGUCGGGAGGAUAACUUAUUUGCACGGCGAUGCGAGAGAGGCUUAUUCUCUGAUAAGGCCAUGGCAUGCAUUUGUUAACGGUUCUGCGCAUUGGCUCGCGGCUCCUGCGGCGGCGGUGCCAAACGACUCAAUCGUGGCCUUCAAUAUGAAGGAGGAAUCAUUCGGAGAAGUCAUUGAGCUGCCCCAAUCGGCAAAUCUCUCACAAUUCUCUCUGAAUCCGAGAGGCAAAGCGACGCUCUCAGUGUCAUGCAGUUCACUGACUCUGAUUGCUUUUGGCGAGUGGAACUGA